UUUAAGAUCGAAACAAUUUUCUCCGAAAAUGCCAAUCGUUUUGUACGGCACCAUCACCAGCCCCCCGGUCAGGGCGGUACUGAUGACCGCCGAGGCUUUGGGGUUAAAGUUGGAGUUCAGAGAAGUAAAUCUGGUCAAAUUAGAACACCUGAAGCCCGAAUACUUAAAGAUUAAUCCUCAACAUACGAUACCUACGUUAGACGAUGACGGGGUCAUUUUGUGGGAUAGUCACGCGAUAGUGGCGUACUUGGUAGGCAAAUACGCGAAGGACGACUCGUUAUAUCCGAAGGACUUGGCCAAAAGGGGUCUGAUCGACUCCAGGCUGCAUUUUGACACGGGCUACGCUUUCGCAGCAUUACGGGAACCUGUGGCAAGUUCUUUUUGGAACAUUUUAUUCAAAUAUUUAAGAACUACAAUUAAUGUUUCAAAUAAUCGGCAUCUUAACUGAAUACAGGACUUCUUGAAUGGUUGGUGGUGGUCCCAGAUCAACUUCUUCAUCUUCUUCUUCCCCUUGGUACUAUUCCUCACCCUUUCGUGCUUGUUGUAAUUGUUGCUUGAAACUGCUUUAUCUCGGUAAUAAGUCCUGCAUGACGAUA